GAAACAUCUUUUAGCUCAAUUUAAAAAUUCCAAGUUUGAUUAUACUUAAAUUACGAUGGUGUUAUUUCUUCCGUUGUUCUUUAAACUUGUUAUCAUCUGUGAGGUGAUCCUCUACUUGAUUUUGGGUGCGAAAUUUUUCGUGUCGAAGGCUCUGCUGGCGAAAAAAGAAAAAAUUACUAAUUUCAUUAGAGGAACGACGUCAACUACUCUGCAGGCAAUCACAACGAAUGCUGUGACAAUAAUACCUACAACUGAAACAGCGAUGACAACCGCUGCUCUCGUGUGUUUGGAUGCCCCAACUUGCACUAAUUCCUGUGGUGUUUGUACGGAUGUCACGUCUACUGGAGGUACGAUCCAAUCUCGUAACUUCCCCGACGAUUACGAUGGCUAUGGCAAUGGGUUUGGACCUUUAGAUUGCAUUUUCGCCAUCAAAGUAUGUCCUGGAAAGAAAAUACAAUUGACAUUUACACAAUUUGUUGUCGAGAGCUGUUGUGACACAGUUACUGUAUUCGAUGGGACAUCAACAGAUGGAACACUCUUACCUCCCACUUCUGGUUACACUCUUCCCUCAUCUGGCAUUACUACAUCAAAUAAAAUGACGGUAACGUUCAACAGUGAUGGCAAUAAUAAUGCUCUAUUUCCUCAAUCGUUGAGACCAGGAAAAUGGCAGGCAACAUUCACCGUUGUAUGAAAUACUUGCCUUCGUAGCACCCAUGACUUUGAUGAAAUAAUUG